AUGAAGAAUCAUGUAGCCACAGCCUCCUCCACUCUGCAGUAUGUGAAUGAGGAAGAGCGCCCCCUGGAGGCCUUGUUCGUCUUCCCUCUGCCUGCGGAUGCUGCUGUCUGCCACUUCAGUGCCAAGAUCGGAGAGCAGGAGAUUGUGGCAGAGGUGCAGGACAGAGACACCGCGAGGGAUCAGUAUGAUGAUGCUGUGAGUUCGGGUCAGCAGGCGUUUCUGUUGGAAGAGAGCGCAGAGAGUCCUGAUGUGUUCAGACUGAGUGUCGGGUGUCUGUCGGCGGGUCAGAACGCUGCUGUCACCAUCAUCUACGUCACCGAGCUCGCUGUGCAGGCCGAUCACUCGCUGCGCUUCUGUCUGCCGACUGUACUCAACCCCCGAUACACACCAUGCAGUUCAGGUGCUGGUAUCGUCUCAGAGAUUUCAUCAAGAUGUGGAGCUGUUCCCUAUACGCUGACUCUCAGUGUCUAUGUGAGCUCUCCAAAGCCCAUCACCAAACUAGAGUCCAACUGCUCUCUGGAUCUAGUGUUCCUCCACUCUGAUCACACUCAGGCUACGGUGGAUCUGAGUCCUGGUCACAUGUUUGAUAAGGACUUUGAGCUGUUUGUGUUCUAUCAGGAUACCCAUCAGCCCUCUGCUAUAGUGGAGGCAGGAGUGACCACUGCCCCGCCAGGCUCUCUGAUGAGGGACCCAGUGGUCAUGAUGAGUUUGUACCCAGAGUUCCCGGAGGAAGUGAUGUCAUCACUGGCAUCUCGAGGCGAGUUUGUUUUCUUGAUUGACAGAUCAGGCAGUAUGGGAGACAUGAUGCAUCAUGGGAAAGGAGCACAGAUGCGCAUUGAAAGUGCAAAGGACACUCUGCUGUUACUGUUGAAGAGUCUGCCCAUGGGUUGCUACUUCAAUAUCUAUGGAUUUGGCUCUCGUUUUGAGUCCUUCUUCCCUCUGAGUCUCGAAUACAAUCAGGACACAAUGGAUCAGGCUCUGAAGAAAGUGAAGGAAAUGCAAGCAGACAUGGGCGGCACAGAGAUUUUACAGCCUCUAAAACACAUCUACAAUCUACGCUAUCACCCUGACCACCCCAGACAGCUGUUCGUCUUCACUGAUGGAGAGGUGGGAAACACUAAAGAGGUGCUGGACCUGGUGAAAAGUCACGCUCACUCUCACAGGUGUUUCUCAUUCGGGAUUGGUGAGGGUGCAAGUGCCGCCCUCAUCACAGGAAUGGCCAGAGAGGGAUCGGGUCACGCUCAGUUCAUCACAGACACCGACCGCAUGCAGCCCAAAGUGAUGCAGUCGGUCAGGUUUGCGCUGCAGCCUGCUGUGGUUAAUAUCUCUGUGGAUUGGACCCUUCCAGAAGGAGUUACUGUUGACACACUGUCUCCACCCAUCAAUGUGCUCUGCCAGGGACAAAGAACACUCAUUUAUGCCCAAAUGAAAGGAGAAAGUUCAGGAGGCUCUGAGGGAACAGUGACAGUCAAAUACAGUCUGAAAGAUCAACCAGUAACAAACCAGCUCCACUUCUGCCUCAAACCAACUGAGGAAACUGGUAACAAUAAAUCCCAGUUUUUGCCCUUUGAGGGCAUCAGGAGCAGGAUGGUGGAGCUCAGUGUUCAGGCAGGAGUGAGCAGUGUUCAUACAGCCUUCAUUGCUGUUAAUAAAGACAGCAGACAGACUGUGAAAGGACCCCUGAAGCAGAGAAGAGUGCCAACACGCGGACCUUUGGUUUCUCUUUCUGUAGCUUCACAAUAUGCUCAGCCAUGUGCCUUUGGAAGCUUUAAUUCAUCUGCAGCUUCACAAUCUGCUCAGUCAGUUGCCUAUGGAAGCUUGUAUUCAUCUGCAGCUGCACAACCUGCUCAGCCAAUGGCCUAUAAUGCACCGUUUUUGGGAUGGCUGCCAGUGCAAGCUGCUCCUGAGCCCCAGAAGGACCCGUUACUGCAGCUGGUUUCUCUCCAAAAGGCAUCAGGCUGCUGGGAUCUGGACGCCACACUGGCUGAUGUGUUUGGGAAGACGGAGGAUGAGCUGACCAAUCAGAAACCAGCACAGGUGGAUGGGUCAGUGUGGGCCACUCUCCUGGCUCUGAUCUGGUUAUACGGCUGUAAAAUAGAGCAGCAGGUGGAGUGGCAGUUUGUGGCCAUGAAGGCAGCGUCAUGGAUCGGCUCUCAGAAAGGUGAGAUCUCCAUUCCAGACCACAUUCAUUCAAGCAUCUCAGUGCAGGUUCUGGUUCAGGAUCAUGUAGCCACAGUCUCCUCCACUCUGCAGUAUGUGAAUGAGGAAGAGCGCCCCCUGGAGGCCUUGUUCGUCUUCCCUCUGCCUGCGGAUGCUGCUGUCUGCCACUUCAGUGCCAAGAUCGGAGAGCAGGAGAUUGUAGCAGAGCUGCAGGACAGAGAAACUGCGAGGGAUCAGUAUGAUGAUGCUGUGAGUUCGGGUCAGCAGGCGUUUCUGUUGGAAGAGAGCGCAGAGAGUCCUGAUGUGUUCAGACUGAGUGUCGGGUGUCUGUCGGCGGGUCAGAACGCUGCUGUCACCAUCAUCUACGUCACCGAGCUCGCUGUGCAGGCCGAUCACUCGCUGCGCUUCUGUCUGCCGACUGUACUCAACCCCCGAUACACACCAGCAGGUUCAGGUGCUGGUAUCGUCUCAGAGAUUUCAUCAAGAUGUGGAGCUGUUCCCUACACGCUGACUCUCAGUGUCCAUGUGAGCUCUCCAAAGCCCAUCUCCAAACUAGAGUCCAACUGCUCUCUGGAUCCUCUAGAGUUCCUCCACUCUGAUCACACUCAGGCUACGGUGGAUCUGAGUCCUGGUCACAUGUUUGAUAAGGACUUUGAGCUGUUUGUGUUCUAUCAGGAUACCCAUCAGCCCUCUGCUAUAGUGGAGGCAGGAGUGACCACUGCCCCGCCAGGCUCUCUGAUGAGGGACCCAGUGAGGCAGGAGUGA